AGAUCCAGAUGGCUCUUCUAGUAACUCCAAGGAUCCAAGAGCUCGUUGCAAAGCCGGAGCUUAAAAAUCUUGCCAACUCCUACGGAAAAUUUUGGUGUACAUGGCAGAUCGAUCGCGGGGAUAGAUUACCACUAGGUGUACCAUCAUUAAUGGUGUCGCCACAAGAUGUGAAUCUCGGGAGGAUAAAACCGGAACUUGUGAAAAAGAGAGAUGAAGAACAUGGGAUCUCGACGGAAUCGUUGAAGCCGUCACGGGAAGGGAUUUGCGGACCGGAGAAAAAGAAUUUGGUUGCUGAUUAUUGGGUUCGGUUUAGGAAAGGCUUUGCGCUUGAUGUCGUUGAGACAGAUAUGAAGAAAACAUCUCCCUUCCCGUGACUUUCUCUUGUUUAGGUUUUGUUUCCUUGAUGAAUUUCGAGAUAUUAUGAGUUCGUAAGCUUAUGGUACGUGUUUUAAUGUAUGCGUUCA